GUGUGUAUUCGGCCGUCAGUCUGUUGUCGCUUUUGCUUGAAAGCGUUGUAAUGUCAGUCGGAACAAUAAAAUUCUCGGGGAAAUGCUGUGAAAGUGUAUUUUUGCAUUAUUUGUGACUGAAAUUUGUAUGAAAUCGUUAGUUUUGGUGUUGACCGUAAGAGUGAAAUGGUUUAUUGUGAAUAAUAGUGAACAUACAGUGUUUAAUCGUGACUCAAAUGUGUUGAUCGGGACGAUUACUUCAAGUUCGCCGGCAUAUCGUGUUGUGGAUAUGCCAGCUGCCUACUUUGGAUGCCAACGAUGUAGACUCGAGGCGGUUGCCGCGCGCUGAAAAAGUUCAACGUUAAUCGAUAAAGUUUGAUAAAGGAAUUUCACAUCACUGCGUUCCGUGCUAGUGUGUUGUGUUAGAAUAAAAAAUGUGCGAACGUGAUUGGUCGGUGCGUUGUGUGCGUGAGUGAUUAGUGAUGUGCCGUGUCGAUUGCGGUUAUCGCUAGUCGUCGAUAUGGCGACGAUGGAUUUGACCAACGAGGUGGUCCGCCUCAGGGCGGAGCUCGAGAAAGUGUCCGCCGAACGCGACAUGCUCUUGUGCGAGGUGUCCAACUUGCGCAGGGAGUUAGAGCUGAGCGAGUUAAAGCACUUGCAGGAUGACAGCUUCUCGCAGAAGGUAGACGAGGAGGAGGGGGGCGGCGGGGUGGCUCUCCAUCCACCAGACGGUUUCUACACGCACCAGCACUCGAUCCACGCGCACCAUGCACCCACCGCGGAGCCGGACCGCGGGUACAUGGACGGCAACCGUUACGUUACCUCCGUGCACCGACCUAUGCCUGCUUUGAACCACUCGAACUCGUCAUGUUCGUCGACAUCGAACGCGUCGACGGGCGCAGGACUGUGCGCGCAGCAGGAACCCGCGCCACUGUACAUCGCCGCGCCGCCGGAGGGCUUCGGCCUCGCCGUUCACAACAACAGGCGUGGAACAGACGUGUCCAUCAUUGGUACAACUGGGAUCACACAAAAAGAUCCCACAUUACCCCAAAAACGGGGCAAAUUGACUAGAGGCCGCUAUGAAAUGUCACAAGACCUACUCGACAAGCAAGUUGAGAUACUGGAGCGAAGGUACGGCGGUCUUCGGGCGAGAAGGGCCGCUGUCACGAUACAGCGAGCGUUCAGACGCAGACAGCUUCUGAAGAAGUUCAGCGCGAUCACUGCUAUGGCGAAGGCGGCUGAUUCGAACGCGCGACGGCUGCAGGACGGGCCGGAUCACGGGCAACUAGUCAACGGUACAGAUAUAUACGCCAACACGUUACUCCAGAAGAGUCCAGGGAGCGCGGAAAAGGUCUUGGCUCUGACGCGACCGAUGCGGUCUAUGUCCCUGAGAGAGCGCCACGAGAAUGACAUGAGCAACCACAUGCAAUGCGAGAGCCAGAGCGAGGUGGAAGCGAUGGUGGCGCGGGUCCAGCAGUCCGCGCACCAGAUACACAUGAUCGCGACGGAGAUGCCGCAUCUGCACCGCGCUGAUGCCGACAGCGGGGUGUGCAGCUGUUCCGUGAGCGGCUCGGUGACGAACAUAUCGACGUCCUCCUCACACAAUGAAUCUCUACACAACCAUCAGAUGAUGAACAACACCGGUCCUAUUUACGGCAACCUGCUGUCGUCUGGUGGUAAGCCGCUGUCCUCCCCCACGGCGCGGCAACAGCAACAGCUGGCGGCGAUACAAGCGGCAAACGCCAGGCGGUUGCCACCUGAAGUACCCAAACGUACCAGCAGUAUUACUCUCAAUGCCGAAAGUCCCGUGUCGCUCCGUCGUGCGGAGUGCGGUGCGGUGGUGCGCGGAGGCUCCAUGUCGUCGGUGCAGUCGUCGUCCUCGUCAUCAUCACAGGAGCAUCGUCAUCACUACCACCAGCCUUACCAGCCUAGGGCUCCUGAGGCGCACUCGCACGGCGAGCAAUUCACGCACGCGCACGCGCAUGCGCACGCCGCGCACGUGCGCGCCUCCUCCGCCUCGGGCGCCAUAUACGACGCCGACCGGUACGCGGUGUGGAAGCGGCAGGACGCGCCGCCGUACUACGAGGCGCCGGCGCUGGCCCCUCUGGCCCCACUGGGGUCCAUGGCGCUGGGACACGCACACGCCGCGCCCUGCUGCCGACCCCAGCACGACCACCAACAGCACCAACCGCUCAAGGUAUCAGAAACGGUGCGCAAGCGCCAAUAUCGCGUCGGCUUGAACCUAUUCAACAAGAAGCCAGAGCGCGGUGUGGCGUAUCUCAUCGCUCGCGGGUUUCUCGAAAACUCGCCGCGUGGUGUAGCCAGAUUCCUGAUCACUCGGAAGGGACUCAGCAAGCAAAUGAUCGGAGAGUACCUCGGUAAUCUCCAGAACCCGUUCAACAUGGCCGUUUUGGAAUGCUUCGUAAACGAACUCGAUCUGUCCGGCAUGGCUGUGGAUGUGGCCCUCCGUCGAUACCAGGCCCACUUCCGACUCCCAGGCGAGGCGCAGAAGAUCGAGCGACUGGUGGAAGCGUUUGCGAGGCGGUACUGCGUCUGCAACACCGACUUCGUUCAGAGGCUACGGACUCAGGAUACUAUCUUCGUGCUAGCGUUCGCGAUAAUAAUGCUGAACACGGACCUGCACACGCCCAACCUGAAGCCCGAGGCGCGCAUGUCGCUCGACGACUUCGUGCGCAACCUGCGCGGCAUCGACGACUGCGGCGACAUCGACCGCGACAUGCUCGCCGGCAUCUACGACCGGGUCAAGGCCAGCGAGUUCAGACCCGGCAGUGACCAUGUUACGCAGGUGAUGAAAGUCCAAGCCACGAUCGUGGGCAAGAAGCCGCACCUGGCGCUCCCUCACCGGCGGCUCGUCUGCUACUGCCGUCUGUACGAGAUCCCCGAUAUACACAAGAAGGAACGGCCUGGCGUACAUCAGAGAGAGGUGUUCCUAUUCAACGAUCUGCUGGUGAUAACGAAGAUCUUCAGCAAGAAGAAAUCGUCGGUGACGUACACGUUCCGUCAAUCGUUCCCGCUGUGCGGCAUGCUGGUCAACCUGUUUUCCGUGCCGCAUUACCCAUUCGGUAUUCGGCUAUCGCGGCGCGUGGACGGCCGCCGCCUCGCCACCUUCAACGCGCGCAACGAACACGACCGCUGCAAGUUCGCCGAGGACCUGCGCGAGAGCAUCGCCGAGAUGGACGAGAUGGAGGCGAUGAGGAUCGAGGCUGAGCUGAAUAGGGGCAAGGGGAGGAACGCACCGGCCUCCUCCAGGAAUGUAAUGGAAAACCGCGACAGUGGCGUGGCCGAUGUUGAGAUCGAUCAUCAACAGUGUAUGGACCACGUUCACAUGCAUGGAGUGGUGGUGCCGCCGCCGCCGUCGUGCCCGGCGCCGGCCGCCCCGUCGCGGCUGGCGUCCAACCCGCCGCCCACCAGCAUCAUCAAGCGCAACGUGCUCAGCAACUCGCUCGUCGACAUCAACGACCCUGUGGCGCUGGCGGCGGAGCGUCUGACGCGGCGCGGGUCGGUGGGGUCGCUGGACAGCGGCAUGUCCGUCUCGUUCCAGCACGGCAGCCGCAACGCACUGCACGCCACCUCGCCGCGACACCCCACCGAGCAACGCUCGCCAGGACGUUUAUUCGGCGGCAUAUUCCCGGGACGCACACGCAAGCUCAGCGCGUCCGGCAUACCGGACCCCAAACACGGACAAGUGGGAAAGAGCACCGAAGUCUAAUCUAUGACUACAUUACAACUACGGUGACGAGAUAUUACGGGAUCAUACAGUUUCGCACCCCGUAAAGUUCGAUAAUAUCGAAAUUGAACCGUACAUUGGUUCACAUAAAGGACAUUUUACAAUUGCGUUUUGAGGAAAAUAUUAGUUAUUUUCAACUUUAUUUAUUAAGAGAAAUAGUUUUGAAAAGGUCCAUAGGUACACUCAAAUCUUAAGUUACACGAUUGAUUUAUAAAUGGGCGGGUACCUCAUUUUCUUAGUGCCAUCUUAAUUUUUUUUUGUUUUAUUAAACACAGAAAACAAUUGUUUUUAUUCCUUAAAACAUUUCUUAGCAAUAUUUUUAAUUAGAUAUUUUGUAACACGAUGCAAUAACGAUAUCUCCAUAGACGUUUUAGAUUUAAGUCUUGUUUGCAUUUCGUCACGAAAAUCGUAAUUUGAUUCAUAAAUGUUUUUAAUGUUCGUAAGGACAUAUUGUUGGGUAAAACCCGCUAUCGUAUCAUAGUGGGUUAUUUAUCUAUCGAAUGGUGUGUCUUGGAUGUUGCAGGAAAGCAUAUUUAUUAUAAAAUCUGGUUUAUUGUAAUCAGGGUAUAGAGUACAUUCGGGUGUUUGGUACGGUUAAGGCGGUCGCUUCCAGUUUAAGUGCCAAUCUAGGUACACAAAUUCGAUUAAAUUAACUCGGUAUAAGCUACGACUUUAGAAACGCAAACACCAUAAAACGACAGACACGAAUUUUAUUAUGUAGUUGAUACGAUAAACACUUAAUAAAACUUUUUAUUACUCACUCAAUUUUUAAUCGUAGAGACAUCGAUAGAUUGGCAAUGCUUGAUAGGAAAUCUCUAUUUUUAUCGAUAAAACAUUUAAUCAUAGACAUCGAAUUGUGCCGUUGUUUUAUGGUGUUAUUGUGAAAUUAUUGACUAAAAUACGUACUCGAUACAGCUCGGUAAAAAUUUAUAUCGAUAUAUUUUGACUACGCUAGGAGUCUUUCGACUUAACGAAGGUACGUGAAUGUAACGAAAUUUGGGUCCACGUUAUUGGGUGUAGCGAUUUUGUUAGGUAUCGAUUAAAUAUGAGUUGUCACUGAUUCUGACUCUACAAUCUGUAUUUUCAAAGCGUCUGAAAUGAUUUCUUGCGACAUUAGUAAGAGAUUCCGGGAAUAUGAUUAUAAAAAGAAAUCAUAUAGGAUUUUGAUUAAUUAAGGCGGUAGUCUUUGUUAUGAACUUGAAAAACAAUAAUUUUAAUGUUUAUCGAUCAUAAGCACCCUCAAUAUUUUUUUUAUCACGAGUGAACUUCUCCGACUAUUCCCCAAUUCGUCUGUAGUAUUAUGAUCAUCAUACUAUUUUCCAGACUUGACUGUAAUUCGAAUAUUCUAAUCGACAGAAUCGGUGCUCACUCAUACAUUUUAUAGCUAAAGUUAUUGUGUGGUUACAGCAUGGGAUAAAAAAUUCAAAACGAUUCAAACUAACGGAAAAUGUAUUUGCUUAGAUUUUAAAUAAUUUUCAUUGCAUGUUACCAAGCCAGAGAGGUAUUAGGGUUUAAUUUAUCGACAAAAAAUAUCUUAGAAUGUUUAAAAAUCAUCACAUUUUCUUUAGAAUAAUUGUACAUACGUUUGGAUUAGAAAAGCAGAUUUUUGAAGCACUCGUAAAAUCGAAUAACAUAUAGAUACAUCACAGUUAUAGUAUAUUUAUAUCGAAUGAGAAGAUAAAUACGAAUUUAUUCACUAUUGUUGAUGAAUUUUAUUAGAUUUAGAUUUUGAGGAAAAUUUAACUUAAUAGUAUAGUGUGCUCCUGGUUCAAUUGCAUAUUUCCAAGAUAUUUAGUCGAUAUAUUAAUCGAACAUUAACAGUGGAUAUCGAUAAAAAAACAUUGAAAUCGUUUAACAUUAAACACAAAUAUGAUUUUACGAUAUUUUUUUGGUAAAGUCAUUGUUAUAAGUUUUUAUAUUGUUACAUGCCGUUUAGAAUGAACGAUCCCAUGUUCGUGUUAUAAUGUAGAGAAAUAUUAAUUUCGCACAAAUAUCGAUUGAAAUUGUCAAUGUUCGUUUCAAUAGCGCAUCACUAUCGAUUGUCCAUAAUUAAAUUCUAUUAAAAUUUAAUAUAUUAUUGUUAAGAUAAAACGAUUUCUUCCAAAACUAUGUACGAUUUUCUUUACUCGACUAUACUCGAAGGCUGCUUUUGAAUAUAUUUUUUUUUAUCUCGACGUUACCGAUACCAACUUCCCUUGGAUUUACCAUAACGUAUACCUAUAGUAUAUAAGUAUAUUUAUAUUGUGACUUAUGACCGGUCAUUGUCCUUAGGACGGUGUUAUAGCGUUAAAACGCUGCGUUUGCCUGAAAUAUAUCGAUAGUCCAAAACUCCAGAUUCUUAUUUACAUAAUACGAAAACAAAUUGCCAAUAAUAAUAAUACCAAUGAACUUCAAUAUAAAAUUAUAUUAAUACACAAUAUUCGAUAAAUACAAUCAACAAACGCAGCGCUUUAACACUCGAUAAAUAUCGAUAUUCGGAAGUGACUAACGACCGGUCAGAAAUCUUAAAAUAAUGUUGACUAAUAAUGACACUGUUGACUUUGUACUGGUUAUGUAGAGCUUGUUGUCAGAGUCGGCGCUGGUUCUUAAAACUGGUAGAGUGAGAUCAUCGUCGACAUCAAUUUAUCGAUUACAGAGACCGCAAUAUCAUACUUAUCGAUAUACCAAACGUAACAUACGCGAUAGUUUUGGAAUCGAUUAUUCUUAACAAGACGAUAAGCGAUGGUUAUUGGAAUCUAUCGAUUGUUACGAAAUGAAAAAUUCUAGAAAAGCCAGUAUUAAACAGUUGAAUAAAGUGUAAAGCGGCCGCUCCUCUCACCCUGCCAUAGUGCCGACUCUGCUUGUUGUUUCUACUAUUUGAUACGUGAUUAGAUAGUGGUUAAUAAGCGAUUUGUUGAAUUGAAGGAUUAAUAAACUAACUUUGAAUUACUGUAGAUUAUGUUGUAGGGGAAGGAUUGAAAAUAUAUAUAGUGUAGAAAAUAUUUUUUCGUGUAUUUCUAUCGAUAUUGUUUAAAUUUUAUUUUGGCCUAGUAAUGAAAUGUCUUUCAAACAUUUAGUUUAAUAGAUAACAUAUUUCUAGAUAGCGGUUCUAAAUGAUUUAAUUUUUUUGAUAUAUUUUUUAAUCUUUCUCCUACAUUAUACCUGGAAAUCACAUGCUACUCAACUAUUAAUACUGUAUGUUUGUAGGUAUUAAUUAAAGCUAUUUCCAUUGUUUAUGGCUGUCAUAGCUAUCAUCGAUGACUUACUAUUAUCUUAACGAAAACUAAAAAUAAGCAUGCUUUGUAGCAUGUGCGUUCCGGGCCUAAUCUUCUGUCAGUUUAUUUCCAAAUGCUUUUUCUAACAUAUCGGCAUGCUACCAAAAAUUCUGUCCAUUAUUGUACCUAAACGAAUCUCCAUAUUUCAUAAGCGUAUGUUUUUUUUAUGUACAGUCGGUGACACUUUUAAAAUCGACUUUAAUUUUGCUCCUGUGACUUCUUUCCUUUGUUUGCUGGCUGCACGUUAUAACUUCCCUUAAAAAUCGCGUUGUAGUUAUAAAAAAAAAAAAUUGUAAUGCAUGACAAAAUGAAAGGAAUUGAUAAAUGUUUCCAAUUGAAUUUUGAACCUUAUGUAUAUUGUAAUCUACGAUUUUUCUAUUUCGUCGCGUGUUGCUGUGUACAAUGACAGAUUGAACGAUUAUGUUUUAGCGAUAUUUCUUUAGACCUUUAUUUUAGAAGUAGUGUAGUUUCAAGAAUGUCAUCUUUCAAAAUCGAGGGCCCAAAGCCUGAGAAAUGAAGAAGAAAUGUUACCAAUAUUUGGUGAUUCAUGACUCUGAAAUUGGGCUUAAUAUAAAAUUGACAUUUAUUUGGUACUUAUCUUUGAACUAUCGAACUUUCAAACUAACUUAACUAUCUAACUAUUGGUGAAACGGUAAUUUCAUGAAAUUGAUGAAUUAAUAUCUGCAUAAUUAGAUAGAUAAAUAAUAUUUCCCAUUAAAAGUAGAUAAAAAAUAUUGCUUUGAGAAAUUCGAGUGCCUUCUAUUUAAGGACGAUUUACGAGCAACUAAAAAAGACCUUAUUUCUUAGACUAAAGGUCUUGAAUGCUGUAAUGAUAGACGUCUGUCAUUCUACACAGUGAGACGCUAUAACAAACUCGAAUGUAAUUUCUUGAACGUAUUUCAAGCGAAAUGCGUCUUAAUUUCAUUAGGGAUACGGUAUAUUAUGUGUUUCCGUGGUUGUGAUAUGUUCCAAAUGACAUGUAUUCCAUACACCUUUCUGACGGCAAGAGAAACUCUUUUUUAAUCAAACAAUCUUCUGAUUUCUUUCAAUUGAUAUUGAGAAGAGAGAUUCAGAAAAUUAAAAAGAAACUCUAUGCAGGAAUAGCUAUGGUCGAUUUCACCUUUUUAAAUUAGUUAUUCGCAACAUUUUUGCUUUAAACAGUCAUUUGGAACGAAUCACAAUCGAUAGUGUGGGAUGUAUAAGCUUUUUGUAAAUUUCGCUUGAAGCCAAAGAUGUCAUAUUUUUGUGUUCAAAUUGUUUGAAAGAAUAUAAAAUUAUCUACAAUGGUCGAUACGUUAAACUGAUUAAUGAUUUAGUUUAAGAGAUCUAUCUCUUACCUAUUAUAGUAUCGCUUUACUUGUAAUAAAUGAAAUAAAUAUCGAUAUCAAUAUCGAAGCAAAAAUAAUUAAUAAUCGAAUUAAUUUCAUUCGAUUUGAUGCUGAUUAAAUUUACAAGUAAAGGUAUACGAGCGGUGUAUUUUUUGUUUAAUAUAAUGUAGAAGGGAUUUCUUUUUUUUCUGUAAUAUAUAUCUUACUAACUUAUUAUCUUAACUUUGUAUGUAUAUUGAAGAGUACUUUCUAAUAUAUAUCUUUUAGUUAUUGUUAAAUAAUAGCGGUAAGCAAUAAACGCGUUCGCGUCACAUUAUGUGUUGUAAUAUAAAAUGUUGUUGAGAGUUAUUGCAACUAAGUCACUUACAAUAGUUUUAUUUAAAGAAAAACAAUGGAAAUGUAUUUAUUUAUUAAAUAUGAAUUAACAUUCAUGAGGA